GCAACAAUGGCCGUUCGGCAGGAACAUUUGGUUGCGGCUUGGGAUUGCCUGGUUUGGAGCAACAGGGUCGCCCUUCAGUGGACACGUCGGUGACGCGACGUUGCCUCGGCCCCUCGCCAUACACGUCGACCACAUUGCUUCUUCCAAAGACAACCACACGCAAUAACCGACAACGCUCAUGACACCCACACGGUCAAGAUGUUCAACGUGCGCUCAAUCAUCUUGCUGGUCAUAUCCUAUGUCGUAAUCCCACGCCUCACAUUCCUUCCGCAGAAUGUGCACUCACUGCUGAUUCUGUUCGGGCCCUUUGUCCUCCCACGCAUCGUGGACUGGUUCAACGUCGCUCGCGCAACCUCUCGAAGCGUCCCUAUACGGCCGACACCCCCGCGGGUGCAGAAUGCGCUCAAUCUACUCUUCAUCGCCGCCGUCGCCUGCCUCACCCUGUCAUUAUCGCGCUUCGCGCCCGAGAACAUAUUUCCGACGACGCAGAGCCACAUUCGCACCGAGACCAGCGUGUUGUUCGCUCGGCUGCGUCACCUACGACCGCUGACAGAUAUCGACCAUGCUUUGCGAUCAAAGUUCGAGGUCAACGCGCGCAAUAAGCUCUACUACCUAGCAUACGGCCCUGACACGUUGCUGAACUGCGUGUGGUGCGCCACGGCCAACGACAACGAUACCAACAACUACUUCCUGUACAGCCUGCCGAAGCUGGUUCUGCCGCACAUCUUCCAGCUUGCCGUACUCGGCAUGGCUACAUCUUCGCUGGUCGGGACCGAAGGUUCGAGGUUUCGCACACACGCGACCAUUUUGGGUCUUGCGACUCUCAUCGUAGAGGUAUGGUUCAUGGCGACUUAUGAUAUCACGGUCAACAGGCGAGCAAAAUUUCUGCAGGACAUCGAUUCGAUCUAUUGGCGCGCAAGGUUCCUGCGGUACAUCGUGUUUGCAGUACAGGAUAUCGGCAUAGCCUUCGUGCUUUGGGCCACAAGUACGAAUAGAUGGCUUGCGAAGCCUGUCUCGAUUGCAGAACGACUGGAAAUGGCGACACGAGUGUCUGAAGAAACUCUCAACAGGAUGCGGGCUCUUGGUCUUAUCACAAACUCAGUAAACCGCGAUCCAGCACUCCGGGGCGUCAGGGAAGAGUAUUGGAGUACAGAAGGACAAGUUAUGUCAGAGACAAUCCAGGAGGAAGCCGUCAUGGAGCAGAUUAAUAUCGCGAUCAGCAAGCUAGACUUCAAUGCAUUGGAAGGUAGAGUGGGCGAAGUUGCAGAUGGUAUUUUGAAGGGCAUUGACGGACUUCGGCAGCCUGGUCAGAUGGCUGAGGCAGCGUCGUAGAGCACAUCCUUGUUUUGGAGCAAUGGAGGCGGAUAUAGAUGGGUAGGCUACUAGCGGUAUCUCCAGCACGACGCUGUGGGAAUCUCGGUACUUAGGCUUAUGUCAAGAUCUGACUUUCUUUUGCAAUCUUGAAAAACAUGGAUCCCCACCUGCCGC